CUCGUUACUUCCCCGCUGCUGCACAGUACAUAUACUUUCCCACACCCAACGGUUAUUGUGAACAAGCACAACUCGCAGACCUCUUGAACUGUCCGACUGGGUAUUUGUACCCUGGAUAUUUAUCUUUAAUGCAAUGAUACCAACGACACCGCCAGUUGAAGCGCCGGCCGCGCCGUCGGCGACAAUAGCCGCUGCUCCAUUGACCCUAGGUUCCGCGCAGCUAGUUCCCGAGCAAGGCAGCCCCACACUUGAGCAGCCAGCCGAUAGUUCACCAUUACCAACACAAAGCGAUCCCAAUGUUGAAGAUGUAGUGGAGGCGGAAGAAGUAGUUGAAGGAGGAUAUUAUGAAACUGACAAUGACUCGGGCUACAGUUUUGAAGAUACCGGGUCAAGUACUACAUCGCUUGCAGAUAGUGUGAAACAGUAUCGUCGGGAGAAUGGCCGCACAUAUCAUUCCUUCCGCGAAGGAGUUUAUGCUCUACCAAAUGAUGAGUUCGAGCAAGAGCGGCUAGACCUACAACAUCACUUGUUUCUGCUAUCCUUUGGAGAGAAACUGUUCCUUGCUCCAAUCAAAAAACAAAUCCACAAUUGCCUUGAUGUUGGUACAGGCACGGGAAUCUGGGCGGUAGAUUUCGCGGACGAACAUCCUGAGGCUCAGGUCAUUGGCAUCGACCUCAGCCCUAUCCAACCCGGCUUUGUCCCCCCUAACUUGAAAUUUAUUGUUGACGACGCAGAGGAUGAAUGGGUCAUCAGCGAAAAGUUUGACCUCAUUCAUGUUCGUAUGAUGGUUGGUUCCUUCCUCAACUGGCCACAAUUUUUUACAAGAGCCUACAAUCAACUCCACCCCGGCGCAUACAUUGAAUUGCAGGACGUCACUGGCCUUGCUUGCGAUGAUACAACAUUCACCUAUGAUCCACCAUCUUGUCGGUUUGCAGAAUGGUGGAAACUAGUAACGGAAGCAUUUGAGAAAUCUGGUCGAGAUAUGGACGCUGCGGUACAACACAAGGAGAGAAUGGAGGCGGCUGGCUUUGUCAAUGUCACAGUCAUUGACUUUAAGUGGCCGAUAAAUACGUGGCCAAGAAACAAGAAGCUGAAAACGAUUGGUAUGUGGAGUAAGGAAAACACGCUCGAUGCAUUGGAAGCCUUGGCUAUGGCGCCAUUGACGAGGGUUCUUAAGUGGACGCCAGAGGAAGUGCAAAUGUUAUUGCAGGGUGCUAGACAGGACAUUGAAAAUGAGGGUAUCCAUGCAUACUGGAAUAUUCGCGCAGUAUAUGGUCAGAGACCGGAGUGAAUAGGGUAGGGUUUUAUGCAGUAGACAGCGGAUAUCAUAUGUGCUGCGUAGGGCGGGAAGUUGUGAUACUUAGAUGAAUAUAUUCACUUCUGAUCAG